CAGUGGACUUGGCCUCACGCUAUGAAGUGGGCGCCGUUAUCCUCCACUCACCCCUCAUGUCUGGUAUGAGAGUUGCCUUUCCCAACACCAAGAGGACCUGGUUUUUCGACGCCUUUCCCAGCAUCGACAAAGUGCCGAAAGUGGCGUCGCCUGUGCUGGUCAUCCACGGCACAGAGGACGAGGUGAUAGACUUCUCGCACGGGCUGGCGAUGUAUGAGCGCUGCCCCCGCGCUGUGGAGCCCCUGUGGGUGGAGGGCGCCGGACAUAACGACGUGGAGCUCUACUCGCAAUACUUAGACCGACUCAAGCAAUUCAUUUCAGUUGAUUUAGUCAACUGACGGCACAUUAGGUUUAGUGGUUUGCUUUAGACAUCAAUCGGACGCCCGUUUAGUCCACUCUCUUCUCAUCGAUUAUUUUCCCAAAAACACUUCAUUUGUAAUAAUUAUUUAUUCAUACGAAUCAUAUCUAAGAUUUGUUAACAUGUUUUACUGAUAAUAAGCAACUUUUGUAUUACUUUAAUGAUUGUCAACAAAACAGCAUUCUAUCGAUUCUCUCAAUUACUGUCCCUUCCGUCCUAUUCAUA